AUGGGCUAUUACGACGACGAAGGCCACUACCACAGCUUCCGUCACGGUCUCCACAAAGCCGCAGACCGCAUCAUCCACCCAUUUGAGAGCCACGACCGCCGUCACCACCACCACCACUCCGAGGGACGUGUUGAGCACGAAGAAGACGUUGUUGUCAAGGACCGCGAAGUCACCAUGAGCGCACCAAGAUACGACGGAGGAGAGCGCUCCUACCGCGCCGAGCGCCGUGGUGUGCCAAACACCAUCACCAUUCCAUGCCACCACAUCCGCAUCGGUGACUUGCUCAUCCUCCAGGGUCGUCCCUGCCAGGUCAUCCGCAUCACCACCUCUGCCCAGACUGGCCAGCACCGAUACCUCGGUGUUGACCUCUUCACCAAGCAGCUCCACGAGGAGUCUUCCUUUGUCAGCAACCCAAGCCCAUCGGUCGUUGUCCAGAACAUGAUUGGCCCCAUCUUCAAGCAGUACCGCGUCCUGGACAUCCGUGACGACGGCCGCGUUGUUGCCAUGACCGAGACUGGUGAUGUCAAGCAAGGCCUCCCAGUCCUCGACCAGAGCAGUCUCCUCAACCGUCUGCAAGACUCGUUCAACAACGGCCGUGGCAGCGUUCGCGUGCUCGUCAUCAGCGACGAGGGCCGUGAGCUUGCUGUCGACUACAAGGUCGUUCAUGGCAGCCGUCUGUAA